AUGAAUGAUGGAAAGCCUUGCAGCUCCUCGCAGACAGAUCCUCUGCCAGUGGUACCUCGCGAGUCUUCCCAUCGCCAUCAAUACCUAAAAAAUUGGACUUGCACACCAUUCACUGCCGUCGCUGUUGCAUUUGUGGUCGUCAUAUUUGCAUUAGUGUUCUCGCCCAAACCUUGCAACAACCCCUUAGGUUCAGAUGUUCGAGACAUCGAGCUUCUCCCCCACCAACACGAAGUCCUCAAGCGCGUUGACACCCAAGCGCGCUGGCGUCUUGAAGACGAUGAAAGAAAUUGUCUCCGCAAACAAUGGGGAUGGGAAGUAGAGAAGCAUAAUCUGGAACAAUGGGGAAGGGAAGUGGAAGAACACGAACGCGACGUGGCGGACGAAGUCCUCAAGCGCAUUGAUACCCAAGUGCGCUGGCGUCUUGAAGACGAUGAAAGAAAUCGUCUCCGCGAACAAUGGGGAUGUGAAGUAGAGAAGCAUAAGCAGGAAGUGGAGGAGACACGGAAGCGUGAAGAAGAAGAACGAAUUCGCCUCCGCGAGCAAUGGGGAAGGGAAGUGGAAGAACACAAAAACGACAUGGCGGAGAGGCAGAAGCGCGAAGGAAAAGAACGAAUUCGCCUCCGCAAGCAAUGGGAAAGGGAAGAGGAAGAGCACAAACGCGUGGUGGAGAGGCGGAAGCGCGAAGAAGAAAAACUCUUGAGAUCGAAUAUGUUUUGGUCUAACUUGCAGUCCCACACGUGCACAGCAUACGCCACUCGAGAGUACACUGCCCGACUGGUGAACAUUCCAUCAUACUACAAUCGCCGCCGCAUAGAAGCUUGCAUGGCCAUGCCGGUACAGAUCCACGGGGUUGAAUACACGCCCAAGUGGUGCGAGGAUCAUGGUCUAAACAAUGUAACAGGUCAUUGGGAAGUCAACCAGAAUCAGCCAGAUUGCGCAUCGUACUGGGAUUCGUACAAAGAUUUUGGCUGCGAUUCGCCUGGAUCUGGUCAGCGACGUAUCGAACACCGCCUUGCGAACCUCCCGUCAAGAGGUGAUUGGAAGGAGUUUUGUGCAACCACUCCUGUAAGCUUCCGUGGUAUGCAUUUCAAGGGCGCACAAUCUUGCUUCCAAACGACCUUCGGUGUACGGGGCCACUGGGUCAUUGAUGACCAGAGCUGCAAUUAG